AUGAGCAGCGCAGGACAUAAAACAUUUGAUGAAAGUGAUUUAGUGGAUAGUGUAGAUGCUACAGUUGCCACAGAUGCCUUCACUCCCUCUGUUAAGCCAGUUUAUAAUUCUAGCAGCAGCGACGACGACGACGAUGAUGAUGACGACGAUGCUCCCGUAGAGGCAGCCUCAACAAAGAUCACCGCUAAAGAUCAAAAUAGAUUGGAUAGAGAACAUGAAGAACGUCAGAAGCACAAUAAGCGUAAAGUUAAGAAUCAGCGUCAGUCACUUAAGAAGCAGUUGAAGGAAACGCAGCCAGAGCCAUCUACAAGUCAGCAGAGUGAUAGUGACAGUGACAGCGACAACGAUGACAACCAACUCCCUGAUAGACUUCCAAUAGAUAUAUUCGAGCAGGCUGCUCAAUAUGUUCCAAGGUCUAUGUCCAAAUCAACCCAACAGUCACAGCCACAGCACAAGAAACAAAAGAAAUCACGUAAAGAGCAAAUCAUCGGUAACAAACUCAUCAAAGUAUCUCAAUCGUCUGUCUCAACUAACAGAGCAGAUGGCCUACUCGGUGAUGGUACAGGCAACUACGUUAACAAAUUCAACAAGAACAUCCUCAAUAGAAAGCGCAAAAAUGUUAGGAAACCUGCUCAUAUCACUCACGCUCAAUUUAUCGGUGGCCACAAACCUGCUGCAAAUUUUGCAUCAAAACAUAAUUAA